AUAUCCUAUGUGUUGUUAUUUUUAAACUAGUAAGGACCAUCUUGAAUUCUUCCUUCCCUUUUCCUUACUGUUUUUAUCCUGAAGUUGUACAAAUUAGAUUGAUGAGAAAACCUUCAUGUCUUCAACAAGCUGCAGUGUUAUGGAAAAACCAAGUAGCCAUGAACAAUUUCUCUUCAAGUGUCCUCGAUGUGAUUCCAUUAAUACAAAGUUCUGCUACUACAAUAAUUACAGUUUGUCUCAGCCAAGGCAUUUUUGCAAAUCUUGCAAGCGUUACUGGACUAGAGGCGGAACCAUAAGAAACGUUCCGGUUGGAGGCGGGUUUAGGAGGAACAAGAGGGUGAAACGGGAGCCGCAGUCAGCCUCCAUCGGGGGUGCAAAUCCUUCCUCGGCUUCAAAUGGAGCUACAAAAACUAGUACUGUCCAACCCAACCCUUUGCUGUACAGCCAGCCUACUAACCCAGUCGAGCUCAAAUUUUCAUAUCCGAGGAAUUCUCAUAGGAUUUCGGGAUUUAAUAUUCAGCCUCACAUUAAUGUAUUCUCAUCGGCUCUUAUGGCUAGUGAUCAUAUUCAACACAGUGACUGUAAGAAUGCUUAUAAUUCUGCUGAGCAAAUCCAAGAUGCUAUCAAUCCAAGUUCAGUUCUUUCAAGCACUUCUAUAUUUGCAUCUUCAACUUUUGCUGCCACUUCAACUCUGGCUUCUUUGCUUCCUUCUAGCCUUCAUCAACAAAAAAUCUUUUCCACAGGUUUGAAAGAUAUUCAAGAAGCUAAUAAUUUUUCAGGGUUGUCCCCUUUUGCAGAUAUACAAGCAAUGAACCCAAUUGAACAGAUGAAUUCUGCUUAUCUUUCUCAUUUAUGGAACACAACUGGUGUUGGUACUUGGCUAGAUCCUUCAAGCAUGGCUUCUUCUGUCCCUUAUCUGAUCUAGAAACUUAUUUUUCUGAGAAAGCUUUUUUUAAUGGUCUAUUUCUUUUAAUUUCUACUGAAAUCAGAAAUAAAAUACGACCUGAAUGGGAGAAGUUUGGAUCGAAGAGAUCAUGUCAGCAGCAAGAAAAUUCGUCCAGCUUAUUUGCGCUGAGAGGAACCUUGGAUCCUCUUCUUCUCACCGGCCAUGUUUCAUCAGCAACCACACUCUUGAGGUGGAAUUUGUUUUUAAUUACACUGUUCUUAAUAUGUAAUGUGUGUUCUGAAUAUGUCCAUUAGGUCUUUUGGUUCCUUUUUUAACCUUUUGAAAGGUAGGGUAUAAUGGUGUAGUGGAGAGGGAGACUGCUUACACAAUGUAUGAAUAAAACUGGAAGAUCGAUGCGCUGAAUUACCCUACUUAUCAGUUUGAAUAAAAUGAAUUAGCAAUGUAUAAAUUUUUCUUUUC